CUUCUUCCUACGGAUCACAUGUAUUUUGGACACCGAUUGGUUGAAAUAGCGGGUACAGUGAUGCACAAUAUGCAACAUCAACAGUGUGUUGUUUUUGCUGCUGUACAGAUGGUGUUAUAAACGUAGUACGUGGAACAACCAACUUCAUCGUCAGUGUGCGGGCGGGGAGCCUUGUGUAUUGUGCUGUUUUGUCUUGCAGCUAACCCACAAGUUAGCUCUUUGUUUUUGAAAUAGUGACUUGUGAUUUUUGUGGACAAUGUUUUAUUUGACAAUUGUGCUGACUUUGAUAUUGCAAGUGUUUACUGCCAAUGUUUUUUUGGUUUCCACAUUAAUGCAUCCGGCAGAUGCACGAACACCGGAUUAUGUUCAACAACAAUCGGAUCAUAAUGUAAACGAUAAUCGUAGUAAAAGAAAUCCUCUUCCUGUCACUGGCUUGUUAAUUGAUGAAAUAGAUUGCCACGAAGAUAUAAGGAGGUUAUGUGAUUCUCUUCCACCGGGAAGUAGUGAUUUAUAUGUUCUGGAGUGUAUUCAGUCUUUCAAGGUUGCAGAAGUUUCUGCAAUUACUGAAAAAUGUCAGCAUAUCAUUUGGAGGCACAUCAAACAUUUAAUUGACGAUGAAAAUCUUAAAGCCAUGACAAAAAAUGCCUGUGGUUCUGAUGUAAACAGAAUAAAUUGCCCAGCAAAUGCAAAUAGUAUUUUAUCUUGCCUUAUUGAUAAUCGUGAUCAAAUUAAGAGUGACACGUGCAGAGAUUUGAUUCAUCGCAUCGAAUGGAUAGCAUUUAGUGAUUUCAGAAUAAUUUCACAGUUCAGCGAAGGUUGUAAGGAAGAUUUUGAGAAAACUCCAUGCGGAAAUCUUCAAGCAAAGGAGGCUUUGUCACAAGGUCGUACCCUGGCAUGCUUACAACAACAUGUAAACGAACUAUCUAAAGACUGCCAGAAGCAAGUUUUCCAUCUGUCAGAAUUACAAGCUGAUGACAUUAAACUCGACAGGCAAUUGUAUCUGGCAUGUGUUGAAGAUCAUCAAAAGUUUUGCGCAGAUGUCCCUCGAGGCAGUGGCAAAGUUUACAAAUGUCUGAUGCAGCAUAAACUAGAUAGGGCUAUGACUAAAGAGUGUCAGGAGCACUUAUCAUGGAGACAGAAGCUUAUUGCUCAAGACUAUAAAGUGAGUCGUGGUCUUGCCAGAGCAUGUCGUGAGGAUAUUAGAACGUAUCAUUGUCGAAGAGCAGUUCAUGAUGAUAAGGACAUCCGACUGGCUCAGAUCCUAUUGUGCUUAGAAGGAGUUAUUCGCAAUGUUUGUUCUCUGUGGUAUCAUGCCAACUGCAAGAAAAGGCCAUUCUUUUCCUCUUUGAGCAUUCUGGAGGUACUGGUGAAGCAGGCUGAUGCAGGCGAAGACUGGCGUGUGGAUCCUGUGCUGCGGGAAGCUUGCAAACCUGUAGUUGAUUCAGCUUGUCAGGACACACGUGGCGGAGAUGCCAGAGUUAUGACAUGUCUCAUGGAAAAGCUGGGAUCUGACCACAUGACAGAUUUUUGUGAGACCACCCUGCUCCAGAUUCAGUAUUUUGUGGCUCGGGACUUUAAACUUGAUCCUCAGCUUUACCGUGAGUGUCGUGAUGAUGCCGCAAGGUUCUGCCAUGCCAAGAGAGUUUGGGUUGACAUGGAUGGCCAGAUGGACCCUGAGAGAGGUCCCCUUGUGUUACCAUGUUUAUACCGUUAUGCUUAUCAUCCUGAUGAAACAAUGAAGAUUCGGCGAGUAAUGCGACAGAGAGCUGUAAGUGUGGAUUUACAACCCGAAAUUGAAGAGGUCUGUUUAGAAGACAUUGCUGCCAACUGCUUUGAAAAGACUGGCAAGGGAGAGGAAAUGCUCUGCCUCCAAGAUAAAUUAGAUUCAUUGAGUCAUGACUGCAAAAUGGCUGUCAGCAACUUCACAGAAGCCCAAGCUGAGCAUGUUGAAUUGAAUCCCAUUAUUAUGUCUUUGUGCAAGAAAAUUAUGGAGCGCCAUUGUGAAGCCGAACUUGAAUCAGAUAAAGAUGAAGGUGACAUUAUGGAUUGUCUCAUUGAGCAUAAAAAUGAACCUGAUGUACGAUCUAACUACAAAUGUCGGGCUGCAGUAGAACACUUUCAAUUGAUUUCUUUAAAAAAUUAUCAUUUUACUUACAAGUUCAAAGAAGCUUGUCGACCAAGUGUCUUAAGAUUCUGUCCCUCUGCAAAGAAUAAACCUGAUGUGAUUGCAUGUUUGAGUGAAAUAAUGCGAAAUGACACAAUUAAGGAGAACAAGCAUAAUAUUCCCAAAGAAUGUAGACAACAGUUGCGAGCUCAGCUUCUCCAACAGCGUGAAAAUAUUGACUUGAAUCCAAAGCUGAAAGCAGCCUGUGACUUGGAUAUUAGAAGAUUUUGUGAUAAAACAUCUAAGGGAUCUGCCCAGAUAUUGGAGUGCUUACAACAACAAAACAAGAAUUUGCUGAGUAGUAGUUGCCAUCGAAUGGUCUUCAAUGUAGAGAGGCAAGAAUUGCAGGACAGUUCAGUUGAUUAUGUGCUUCUAACUACAUGCCAACAAAUGAUUCGCCAGUUUUGCCACCAGGAGGACCACCUGAUUUGUUUGAAGAGGUACAAAGAUGAAACUACAUUUGAUCCAAAAUGCAGAACCAUUGUGGUGCGUCGAAUGAUUGAACAAAGUACAGACUAUCGUUUUAAUCCACUCCUGCAAAAAGGCUGCAAACGUGAUAUUUCAAAGUUCUGUACAGAAAUUGUGGCCUCUGAACCUACCGAUUCUGAGCUUAAUGGAAAAGUAAUAAAGUGUCUAAAGAAAAAAUUCAGAGAUAGAAAAUUAAGCUUGGAUUGUGAACGACAGAUGACAAUAAUACUUAGAGAAGCUGCACUGAAUUACAAACUCAACCCUCUUCUAGAGUCAAUGUGCAAAAAAGAUAUUGAUAAUUUAUGUGCUAAUUACGUGGAGUCGGAUGGAGCAGGUGCUGUGGAGGAGUGCUUGAAAAAUGCAUUUUAUGAGCGCCGCAUUGAACAGAAAGAAUGUCAAGUAGAGGUAGCCAGUCUCAUUGAAGAAGCAAAAGCUGAUAUUCAUGUAGAUCCAUUGCUUCAUGAAGCAUGCAGUAUUGACCUUUCCAAAUAUUGUUACAAUAUUCCACAAGGCUCUGGACGUCAUAUACAGUGUCUACAAGCAAAGCUGUCAAAUCAACAGUUGCAACCUGACUGUUACAAAAUGCUUACAAAGCGAAUGGAAAUGUUCAAAAUAGCAGCUAAGCAUGGUGGGAGUGAUCUUCAUCAUGGGACUCUUCUGUGGACGUGUUACUCGGAGGACAUUGAUGAUGAAAAACAAGUAACAUCAUAUUUGACAGAGGGCGAGGGAGUGGACGUUUCAUAUACAGUGAAAGCAUUGAAGAAGCAAUUUUUAAGAAAUAUGGAAGGCAUCUUGGCAGCUCAUUUGUUGCUGAAAUUUAUCAUUCAAUUAUCACAUGCAACAUCUGUAAAGAUUUGCAGAAAAUAUGAUUAUCAAUUAUACACAUUUUAA